AUGGCUUCGGUGGGCACAGACGAGGAUCAGGGCCGCGACGACGACAAGGAGGAAGAGGCUAUGCUGGUGUCGGGCUGCGGCGCCGCAGCUUCUGGGGCAGUCGUCUCUAUGGAGCGGGAGCUGGAGGUGCUGGACGCGAGCAGUGGGUGGCACCAAGCCUUCCUCGAGGUGGCCGACCAGUGCCACGACUACCCCUACCGCGUGGCGCGGGCCCUGGAGAACAGAUCCCGCAACCGCUACCGGGACGUGAGUCCCUACGACCACAGCAGGGUGCGCCUGAAGAACGUGUACAACGACUACAUCAACGCCAACUUCGUGAUGGUGGAGGAGGCCCAGCGGAAAUAUAUCCUGACGCAGGGGCCGCUGCCCAACACGUGCGGCCACUUCUGGCUCAUGGUGUGGCAGCAGAACAGCAGGGCCGUGAUCAUGCUCAACCACUUAGUGGAGAACAACAACACCAAGUGCUCCCAGUACUGGCCCCUCUGCCAGGGCCAGACCCUCCUCUUUGAGGAGGUGGGCAUCAGCGCGCACUUGCUGGGGGAGGAGUCGAGGCCCUACCACACGGUCCACCUCCUGAGCCUGGAAAACAUGAUGACGGGGGAGGCCAAGACCAUCACCCACUUCCACUACACCAGCUGGCCCGACUUCGGGGUGCCUGAAUCACCAGCCUCCUUCCUGUCCUUCCUUUUCAUGGUGAGGGAGUCGGGCUGCCUCAACGAUGAGCAGGGGCCCGCGGUCAUCCACUGCAGCGCCGGCAUCGGGCGGUCAGGCACCUUUGCUCUGGUCGAUACCUGCCUGGUCCUGAUGGAGAAGAGAGAGGACCCCUUUUGCCUGAACAUCAGACAAGUAUUGGUGAACCUGAGAAAGUACCGGAUGGGACUUAUCCAGACCCCAGAACAGCUAAGAUUCUCCUACAUGGCUGUCAUCGAAGGGGCAAAAUUCCUCAUGGGAGAUGAAAACGUCAAGAAAAGGUGGGAAGAACUUACCACAGAAGACCAUGCUCGCAGCUAUAGCUUUGACAGCUCUCCACCUCCAAGUAGAAUGGUAAAUACAAAGUACAAAGCUUUCAAGCUGGUUUUAGACGACGACGAUGACGAUGAUGACGACGACGACGACGAUGAUGAUGACGACGAUGACUUAGAUGAUGAAUCCGAUUAUUCAGAUCUAGCUACUAGAAUGCCAGAUUCCGGAGAAGAGAGCCCUGAAGGUAGUACCCGGAAGCGAUGUCGAGAGGAGUGUAAAGCUAGUACCAGUCAGGAUGAGACUUCGAAGAAGAAAAGUCCGACUUCGACUGGAUCUAAAAGAAAAAGGCUCAAUCUAUAG